GUCCCAUGAUGGAGGGCAAGAAAAUGCAGAUAGGUCGGGAUCAGACUAAUACACUUUAUCUCACAUCUCACAUCUACGUUUGUUGCAUUCGCCUGCGCGAAGUGGCACACACUCUCCGGCAAGAUGCAAACUGGAAUAGACACGUGACCGACUCGUAGUGUCACGUGUGCUGACGCCGCAGCCAAACGUCAACCAUGUUGCCUUCUCGUUACCUACAGCAGCGCAAGAUUCAUCUGAGGAACAGCACAGCUAAGUUGAUCCACAAUGUCGGUUUCAGCGGAUACGGACUCAGCUCAUCCAGACAUGUCAGAUGCGCAGGAAGAUACGAAUGCUGACGCUUCUAGCUCAAAACAAGCGCAGAAAAGGAACCGCCCUACCUUGAGCUGCACGAGCUGUAGACACUCCAAGCUAAAGUGCGAUAGAAAGCAGCCAUGUUCGCAAUGCACCAAAAGAGGAAGAUCCUCGCAGUGUAAUAUCCCACAACAACUUGCUCGGCGUAGACCUCCAGUGAGCAUGCAGAACCGAUUGAAGCAUCUUGAGAGUCUAGUCAAGGAUGUCAUGGGAGGACACAGUCCGUUACCAGCAACGCAGCAUGGCUUUUCAGCGGUAGGCCCAUCAAUUUCAAGGCAACGGACAGUCUCAGACGGAUCUGGAACUCAUCUGACCGUUCAGGGAGAGCUGGACACCAGCCCCUCGCCUUCAUCUGGCAAUAUAUUGAAUCGACCUAAUGAGAAGGCAACAUAUGUCGGCGCUACUCACUGGGCUGCAAUUCUGGAAGAUGUUCGCUUCUCAAUCUCAAAUGCAUUAGUUCAUGCUAAUUGUUUAGAUCGAAGAAGUCAAAAGCUAUUUCGAAGAGGCAGAAGACGUUUUGGACGAGGAGGAUAUCGGACCCUUCUCCUCUCUUGCCUUCAAUGCUGCCACUCCAGCCACCAAGUCUGAUCUGCUGGCAGCUUUACCACCUCGAAUCGUGGUGGACCGUUUUGUAUCAAGAUAUUUCAACUCGAACAGCCCCAGUCUACAAAUAAUGCAUCGACCAUCAUUCCAGAGAGCAUACAAAAAGUUCUGGAUCGAUCCAGGGGAAACGCCAAUUUCGUGGCUCGCGUUGAUCUUCUCCAUGAUGAUCCAAGCCUCGGUUGCGAUACUUGGUUCUGGCGAAGAGUUUCCAGACGCUCGAGGAACUCCAAUGGAAAUGGUACACUCCUAUAGAGAAUGUUGUGUGCAAUGUUUGGUUCUGUCCAACUACACGAAACCUGGACCAUAUACAAUCGAAACAUUCUGUCUGUACAUGGAGACAGAAUUCCUCCUCAGUAUUGGCGAUCAGGUUCAUUGCUAUUUGCUUUGUGGCAACGCUGUUCGCCUUGCGCUUCGCAUGGGCUUGCAUCGAGAUGCAACCAAAGUUGGUGGGGACACCAUCUCCCCAUUUCAGGCCGAAAUGCGAAGACGUGUGUGGUACCACCUGUGCCAAAUCGACUUACUUGGUAGUACUCAUAUGGGUCUCCCGGGAAUGGUCCAUUGUGUAUCAAGCGACUCCAUGCCUCCCAAGAACUUGAGAGACGAGGACUUCGACGAGGAUUCCUCCGAGGUACCUCCCUCACGACCAGAGUCUGAGUUGACUCCAAUGUCCUACACGAUUUGCAAAGGCAGAAUCUGUCUCAUUGCAACAAGUGUUGCAGCACUGGCAAACUUGGUUACAGAUCCUCCCUAUGACGAAGUCUUGAAUCUCGAUCGCCAAUUACAUGGAGCUCGCAGCCAGGUUCCCCAGUUCUACAGGCUGGAUUUGUCUGACCUUCCCAUUACCGAGUCUCCAGAUACCAUCAUCAAGAAGUAUAGCAUUGAGCUUCUGUUUCACUCAACUCGAUGUAUGCUUCACCGAAAGUUUCUCCUCAGGCAGAGAACAAAUUCUGAGUACGGGUACUCUAAAGUGGCAGGCGUCGACGCUUCGAUACAGCUGCUUCGCUGUCAGGCCUCAAUCCACGAAGCAGCUUCCCCGAGUGGACCACUAGCCCGAGAUAAAUGGUUCUUCUCUACUUUAUCUCUACAUAACUUCCUCGUCGCGAACAUGAUAGUCUAUCUCAGUAUAAUGCAGAGCUUCAUUGACGCCGAUGGCCAUCGACUAACAUCAGACAAGCUCUCACAUGAUCAAGAACGUAUGAUUCAUACACUCGAACAGUCAAAUACGGUUUGGCAGGGAAUGAUCGAAGUUUCCGCAGAGGCAAAGAAAUGCGCCGCCGUGGUUGGUAUCAUGACGAACAAGGUCCAUCUGGCUCUCGGCGAAGAGCCGGUAAGGAGAACCACUUUCGAAAACAUGGAGGCCAGUGAGAUGAAAACUGCGAAUCUCGUCUCGAGUCUAUCUAUCGAAGGCAUUCGAUCUACAGAUUCCUCAUUUAUUUCUCUUACUGAGCCUCAGCAUGCGUGGACGACUGGUACUGCAUACAGUAAUACGCCAUCAUCGGGGCUUGGAACAUCACUUGAGGCGGAUCUGAUAACAUCUCCUAUGGAGCCAUUCGGAGACAUGAUCGGCCUACCAGAUGGAUUUGACUGGGAACUAUUCGACAGCCAUGUCCGACCUCCGCCAGUUAUCGACCAAGCCUGGCCAGACUUGUCACAGAACUUUGGUAUGGAAAAUAUGGAUUUCUAAAAUCUAUAUUCUAUCGCAACAGAAGAUCCGCUAUUAGAGAAACUUGAAAUAAAAACACAAAGA